AUGGACGAAACCAAUGACCUAUCACAAAGCCUCAUGCCCUACUAUCCUGCAGAUACUCGGAAACCCAGGAUAAUGAAGUUGGCAAGCAUGUCCCUAGGACUUUUGGCACAGAGGAUCGGCCUGGACGAGUCCGAAUCUGAUUCCGACUGGUUCGUAAUUCACUACUCAUACAGAUGUUCGUUUUUCGACUGGCUCUGGCAGUUAUUGAGGGCUACAUGGAGCUCGAUCCAGGCGAUAGGUCUUCAUGCAAUGCUCUGGAGGUAUUUCGGGGAAGUAUAGCAUCGUUUAAUAAGACUUCAACUUAGACUUAAGGCUGCAAAGCAAGCCGAACCGUCAAUGAUGGCUUUCUGGGCAAAUGAUCUGGAUCAAUUGAUUUGA